AUGGCGCGGAACCUGGCGCGGAAAUACUGGGAAGUGUUGAAGCGCAGUCCAAUUGCCACUAAUGGAGAGAGGUACGAAGACUACGGCGUUCUUUACCAUUCCUACUAUCAGCAUGAGUCGCGUGAUCCGCUAUCGUAUUUCGAAAAAUCUUCUGCUUCAUCUUCACUGUAAGCCUUGGAUGCACAGAAGGGAACUACUCAAGUACAACAUCGGAGCGUUUGUGUUGCAGUUGCUAAGAACCAAUCCACGCGGCGUGUGCCGCGUGGGAAAAAAUACGCAAACCCUUCAAAGUAGCUCUUAGAUUGGGCGCGAGGAUCUACGCCAAGCACAAGCUCGAUGCUUGGCCUUAAAUAAAGAAUCUCCAAACUCCACUAAAGUGGCUGCGAGCGUUUGUGUUGCUAAAUAUACAAAACGACGACAAAGGAUGUAUUUUACUAGGUUCCUAAUUUAAAACUAAAUGUUGAUGUUGAAUAUGAUCUCAUGCAAAACUUGCAUCAAAACCCCUGAUCUGGUAACCAAAUGCGUGCGCGCGCGCGCGCAGAGCGCGCGCCGGCCCACGAAGCCGGCGCGCGCGCUCUGCGCGCUUGCGAUAUUGCUUAGCAAACGCAGCGCGAAGGCAGUUGCCGUUACCAUAUAGGGCAACCGCCGGGAGGCGUGAAGGUCAGGGAAAUGGCCAGAAAUGAAGCGGGAGAAGGGAAAAAAAGCGGACCAGAUGGGAAAAUGGCCAGGAGGUCAAAAAUGUCGCAAAAACGGCAGAAACCAAGCGGGAGAAGGUGAAAAAAGAGUAUUUUUGCGGUUUAGCCCACUUGAUAUCUGAAAAAGAGACGGACUAUUUUUUGCUCCGCCCGCUGGCCAGCUGCGUUGGAGCAGCAGGCCCGCGACCUGUCCGGAAGCCUUGGGCCGCUUCGUAACUGGAAAAAGUUUGAAAAAAAUGGCAAAAAAAUGCGUCAUAACGUGGGUGGAGGCAAUCGUCGGAUUUUGUCCAGAUCACCCGGGCCACUUGGAAAAUGGGAAAAGAUGAGAAAUUGCGCAAAAGCGCAAUCCCUCCGCAGGCUUCAAAACUUCCACCAAGGUGGGGGCGGUGAAAAUGUCCAGGUCGCCCGGGCCACUUGGAAAAUAUAAAAAGAUGAAAAAUUGCGCAAAAGCGCAAUCCCUCCGCAGGCUUGAAAACUGCCAGUCAGCUGCGGUCGGUGAAAAUGUGCAGGUCCCCCGGGCCACUUAGAAACCAGAAAAAAACGCGAAAAUUAAAAGAAAUCGAGAACCCCCGGCAGGCUUAGAAACUGGCCACCAAGGGCGGUCCGGCGGGCGCGCGCUUGCGCCAUACCAUCGCGAUUGGGGAAAAAAAAUCGCACUAGAAGCGGGCGGAGGCAUGUCACAAAGUCCGCAUUUGCUCUGGGUUGUGGGCAGAAAUUCUGCAUCUUCCCCGGGUCUGAAAUGGCCGAUUUUGGUGGCCCGGAAGGGUUCGCGGGUUUUCGGCCUUCCGCAUACCUUUCGGGACGAGGGGCCAGUUUGUCAUGCAGGGGGCUAGAAAGGAUGCCCCGUUCAAGCCCUCCCCCCGGCAACAUACCUCCCGGGCCAGGGGGCCAGUUUGUCAUGCAGGGGCUAAAAAGGAUGCCCCGCUGCCACAUAGCCGGACUUUGCAUUCAAUGCGUAUCGCAGGCUCCUGCGAUACGCUUUGAAUAGAAAUCCGGAAGCCACCGAUGACCCAGAAACCUUCCUGGCCAGGGGGCCAGUUUCUCAUGCGGGGGGCUUGAAGACGAAGGAGUGGGACUGUAAUCAAAAAUAAAUAGCGCCAAAGCGCGGCCCGCAGGGCCGCGCUUUCGCCGCGCGGCUGGUUAGGCUUUCGCGCUGGUUAGAUUUUCGCGCACGCAUUUGGUUACCAAUAUCGCCCUCCGGGCGCGACCUUCAUACUACAGUGAAGCAGAAAUGUUUUUUUUGUGCGAUGUCCGCCAUACCUGGACGACAAAUACUACUCACUUGCGUUCUCAACCAUGCAAGCGCACUCCCGGCUUCCACCUCUGGCGCACUCCCGGAUAAUAAAUGCUACUGUGCAAAGAGUGGUGGACCUAUACACUGAAUAUGAGAGCGACAUGUUCGCGCACUCCCCUCCGGUUACGAGUCGGGCUCUGGAGCUGGUCAGGCCCAAAAGUGCGGACCUGGCUUUUCCGCGGCCUUGGGCGCUUGCCGGGGUAGCCAUUUACCACGUAGUGUCUGCGAUUCUCUUUACCAACGCGCAGCUGAGCGGAACCCUGUUCCUCGAACGAAAGGGGAUUGACUAUGCUGGUGGUGAGCGGGCGCAGAUGUCCGGAGCGUCCAACUUGGGGAAGGGCCACAGCAGGACUUUCGACAACCGCGAGCUCGUUGUGGCCGCUUCUAUCAUGUAGUGCACAAACGUCCUUUUCACCCCAGAGUUGUAUCAAAUUUACAGGCUAAGCAUCUUACCCUCUCGCAGUUCGCUCCAGCUACGUGGUGCAGUGACCUACUUAAACUGCUAUUUUAGUUUUGCACUGCAAUAUAUGCAUUAAAAAGCUAAAGAAACAUAUCUAGUAAGUAGAAUGUUUGUCAUGCGCAUCCCCAACAUAAUAACGGCCAUUAUCUAAUGCUAUGUGAGAACUUGUGAAGAUGCUCUACUGAAGAUAAGAUGAUCGAUUUUUGAUGCGGCUGCACUAGCCAAACACAACCAGCAUACUGAGUAGAGCCCCAACUUGUCAUGCUCAUGCGCAAGAACAGGCUUUAAAACUUCAUCUGGAAGAUUUGUGUUCGCAAAGUUCUCAUCGAUCUUGACUCUCCUGGGGUGGGAGCCACGUUUUAACUAUAGGAUAGCGGCGCCGCUCUCUUUUAAGAUGUCCCGGUGCACGGGGAAAGGCGAAAACGUACAAAUGUGGGACGUUUCAAGACAAUACGCAUUGAAGAACGCCGGUCGCGCUGCCCACGGCUGGCAGAACCGGUUCGGUGGGGUUGCGCGCGAGGCCAAUGCGACUGCCGUGACCAAUCUGUCUCGCAAUCUAGGUCCGGGCAGUGUGCCGGUUAUGGUCUUGGCCGAUGUGGUGGACUUGCAUGGGGCUGCGGACGACCAGAGCUUGCUCUUCAAGGAGAGAUUCAAAUUGACAACCUGGGCGGGCUUCAAGCGACGGCUUCUCCACACCGAACUGCACAUGCUGAUGCGUUGCGAAAAGUGGGCCAAUCGUUUGAACAUCCGCGCCAUACUGGCCGUCGAGGAAAAAGACGUGGAGCAGGUUAGAAAUGCCAUCCGUGCUGCGGUGCAGUUGGUGGCAAAUAGUAGGAGAACGCGAUCCAGCACGAGGACCAUAGCCAGCACUAUUAGUGGUCGACUCGCAGCAGCCGCAGCCGCUUCGACGCAAGAACCUCCAGACACUGGUGGCACAGCGAGAAGUGCAACUACCUCUACUAGUCCGAAUGUUGACAAUUAUGAUGUUGAGAGCAGCACGUCAGUACUUGACGAGGAGUUUGAUGAAGAACCGCUCAAGUUCGUCGUCAUGUCUCUCGCGGAGGCCGACAGCACACUGCACAUGUUUGAGAAUCGCGACACAAACAAGGAGUGGGUCGAGGCCGAUUUGCUUGCGAGUUGGUAUUCGAAACACGCUAUCGACUUCGCCGCUUCAAACGAGUGACAUUUUUGGCAUCAGGAGGCUGCGGAGCCCGCGAACGCAACCAAGUACGUCGCAACUCGAGUCGACAACAGUGAAUUAAUGUGGGUUUCUUGUUCACCAGAUAGCCCCAAGUGCGAUGUGCCAUGUGUACAGACAUUCGCGUCGUGGAG